AUGGCUUCUGACACCAAAAAGCUCACGAUGCAACUCGACGCCGUCCUCCACGGAGCCCAGGCCAUGCAACUGAGAUACCUUCCGACACGUCUCAAAACUGUGCCGCUGGUCAGCCUUCUUACCACAGGCGUGGGUUUGAUUGCGGGCUUCUGCGUUCUUUACAUGGUCGUCACCUCAAUCACAGCAUGGUACAGGCUUCGACAUUUCCCAGGACCCUCGAGCGCCGGCUUCUCUUAUAUUUGGCUGGCAUUGAUGUCCAUUUCUGGCAAGUCAUACAAGACACAAAUGGAAUUGAACCGCAAGUACGGCCACCUUGCUCGUGUCGGUCCUAAUGAAUUGAUCACCGAUGAUCCCGAUUUGAUCAAACUCAUGGGCUCGGCUCGAUCAAGUUGGGCACGAUCAAACUGGUACAACAGCGGACGCGUCCACCCUGCGGAUGACACCAUCCUCAACGUGGUCGAUACGGCUACCCACGACAAACUCCGGCACAGCUUGAUCCCAGGUUACAGUGGCCGUGACAACGCGCUCGAACAUGACGUGGACGGUCAGCUUGUCAAUCUCAUCAGAGCCAUUCGCCGAAAAUACAUUUCAACCGCCACGGAAUGCCGCCCGCUAGAUUUCGUCAAGCUGUCGCAAUACUUCACUGUCGACACCAUGACACAAAUUUCAUUCGGCCAGCCAUUCGGUUGUCUAGAUGCUGACGACGAUAGAAAUGAGCUUCUGGAAACCGUGGAAAGAAUUGUAGUCUGGGGUGAGAUUACCGCCAAUGUGCCGUGGAUGCAGACACUCCUAUCGUAUGGUCUCAUAUUCUAUACUCUUGCCUAUCCUCUGGCAAGAGAUGUUGGAGCUUUUAAUAAACUUGCGGAACGAAUCGUGGCAGAGCGCUGGAACACAAAGUCAAAAUCACAGCGGCACAAAGACAUGCUCGCUAGCUUCAUGAAUCACGGGUUUUCGCAAAGAAUGUGCGAGCUGCAAGUUCCUGUGCAGCUCACCGCAGGCACUGAGACAACAGCCACCGCCAUUCGAUCCACUCUUCUUCACCUGCUCACAUCGCCAAGGGCCUAUGCGAAACUCCAAAAUGAAAUCGACCAAGCCAUCGCCAAUGGCGGGCUGUCCACCCCCAUCAGCUUCCGCGAAGCCAAAGAUCUACCAUAUGUUUCGGCUGUUGUCUAUGAAGGGCUGCGGAUUCACCCACCCUUCAGUGGUCAGUUGAUGAAAGAAGUGCCACCCGAGGGCAUUACUUAUACAGAUGGCCGCUUUAUUCCCGGCGGCACUUAUAUUGGACACAACACUUGGUCAGCCAUGCGUGACAAAUCGAUCUUUGGCGACGACGCCGACAUGUUUCGACCAGAACGCUUUAUUGAGGCUAGUCCCGAGGCCCGGGCGAACAUGCGAUCCACCGUGGACUUGGUAUUCGGCUACGGCCGCUGGCAGUGUAUGGGUCGACCAAUAUCAAUGAUGGAACUCCAUAAAGUUUUUGUCGAGUUGCUGCGAAACUUCGACAUCCAGAUCAUGUACCCACACAGUCCCAUAAAGACAUUCAACGUCAACUUGUUCUUGCAAAGCGACAUGUGGGUUCGUGUAACCGAGCGUACUCCAGGCUCCUCAGGGCCAGAAGUGCCAUCCAAGGGAGUCGAAGAGCAGGUUUCAGCUUAG